AUGGCCGAGAUGGAGAUAGACACAGGCGAUGACGUUCUCAGGAAGGCCGCGCUGGACGGUUCUAUGGACUAUUCGCUUUGGCCAGAGCUGCUCCCGACGGUCCUAUCGCGAAUCGAAAAGAUUGCACAUACCGAGUUCCCCAUCCCCAAUAUUCCGCCCCCCGCCCAACCUGCGAGACCUCCCUCCCCACGCUUCCUCGCCCCGCUUCCUUCCUCCGACCCGUUUGAUGCGCCAGACCAGACAGAAACAUCGUCAUCACAAGGGACAAAUAAGGAGAAUGCCGAUCCAUCUCUGCCCUCCGCUGCUGCAGGUGCUGGCGCUAGCACCAACGUUGCGUCCGCCGCGGUGGUAGGACCGGGCACACCCGCUCAGCAACCCACGCCGACCGCUUCCCUCCCGAAACCCAUCGCCGAUAUGCUCGAUGAGAUUAUAUCCGUCUUGCGCACGAGUUUCCCCCAGUACCCACCGCACACCAUUCAACGGCUAUCCGAGCUAAUCCUGCGCCCGCGCCAACACUAUCGCCACUUGGUACCCUAUCUCCACGCCCUCGACCGUGUUGUCCACGUAACCAGCGGCGCAAACACCUACCCGCUUCCCCCGGCCCUUCCCGACGUAGGCGCCAUGUCCCUGCUAGCGAACGGCGCGGGCAGUGGGAGCACAGGGAAUCUGUCUAUCGACACAGCGGCGGCCAACAGCCUCGGGUCGGACGAGGCAUUGGGCGGGGCCUUGUUGACGCCAAUCCCCUGGCUUUCGAGGAGAUCAAACGGGAGCGGCAGCGAAGACGGCAGUGAGGCAGGCGGCUCAUCUCCGCUGUCCGCCGGUGAGAACCCCGAGCGACAGUUUCAGGCCCAACAGCAGCAGCAGCGACCAGGCGGCCAUAUCGAGGGUCGAGUGCGGACGGAAAGCACCGAAACUAUCGAAGGGCCUAAUGGGAUUGGGAGCAUCGAAACCGUCUCGGUGUCGGUGAACGGCAUCCCGUCCACCGGCGCCGGCGUGGCCCUGCUCACCCAGCGCAGCGUCACCCAGGGGGAGCUCCUACGCCAGGAGCAGCGUGCCGGCCUCGUGCCGCUGAACCAGAUCAACAGGCAACAGCAAUCGCCGCAGCAGCAGACGCAGGGCGAUUCCGACGCCACGGCACAGGAAGACGCCACCAUGGGCGAGGGCGCCGACAAGGAGGAGGAAGAGACGCCCCACGUCCGGGGACCGGAGGAGAUCGGCGCCGCCGACAUGGGCCCGCAGAGCGCCGCGACGGCGAACUACAUCGCCAGCGGCGGCAGCCCGAUGGACGUGCAGGGUCUCGACGUGGAGGCGGCCGUCGGGCGGCGGGUCCAGUCGCCCCCCGCGCAGCAGCAGCAGGAUGGCGACAACAAACCGGCCAGCGACAGCCGCGAGGGCAGCGAACCCGCACCGAAACGCGAGGCGGGUGACGACCUGGAACCCGAAUCCCCUACCACCAAGAGGAGGAAGGACGACGACGAACCCGGCGCCCAGGAGAACAAGGACCAAAACACGACGACGACGACGACAGAGCAAAAGCCUGCCGACGGAAACGCCGCCCCCUCGGAACCAAAACGUGACGCCGAAGGCGACGUCGUCCUGCCGGAUGCCGGCGCCGCCGAGGCGGGCAACGAGGGCGGGGCUGCUGCGGACCCCGAGAAGGGGCGGCCGGUGGACGGUACCAAGGGAGACGACGAAAAGGACACGGCUGGGAGUGGUGAAGGGGGUUCUGUUGUGACGAAGCAGGACGAGGCUGCUAAAGAUCAGGCCGGUGGCUAG